UUACCUACCUGAGGUGGGUUUUAGAGUGAAGUUGCGUGAAUGUUCUAAUACUCCUCUGCCACAUCAGUUUUGAUCACUGAUGAUGGCGUUCCCAGUGGAUAUGUUGAAUGGCUACAGUCAUGAGGACUUGGAGAGCUCUGCAGAGGACUACAUGUCUGACCUUCGGUGUGGGGAUCCAAAUCGUCCUGAGUUCUUGUCCUUGCCAGACCAUAACAAAAUUCCUAUUAGCUUGUCUUCUGUGGGCUUCGUUCCUCUUUAUGGUGGAGAGCAGACACACAAAGUUCUUGCUUUGUUUGCACCAGAGGACUCGCUCACAGCUGUAGCCCUGUAUCUUGCUGACCAGUGGUGGUCAAUUGAUGACAUUGUGAGAACAUCUGUACCUUCGAGAGAGGGGCUUCAGCAGGUGAAGUCUGUUGGAGAGAGGGUGGUUCUCUAUGUUCUGAAUCGAAUUAUCUAUCGGAAACAAGAAAUAGAAAGAAAUGAGAUCCCAUUUCUCUGUCACGGUAGCAAUGACUAUGCUAAGAUCUUAUGGAGGAAAGGAGAGGCUAUUGGGUUCUAUUCUGUUAAACCUACAGGAAGCAUUUGUAGCUCUUACCUUACUCAGAGUUACCAGCUUCCAGUGCUAGACACGAUGUUUGUAAGAAGGCAACAUCGUGGGAAAGACUUUGGGCUGAUGAUGUUGGAAGACUUUGUGGAUUCCUUUACUGAAGACACACUUGGCUUACGAUACCCACUGUCGUCUUUCAUGUACACAGUUUGUAAGCGCUAUUUUGAGAAAUACCCUGGGGAUCAUGACCUUUUGUGGGAAGUGGAGGGAGCAGGACACUGGUUCCAGAGGACACCUAUUACCACUGUAUUGCAAAGGGAAAAGCUCAAAAUUACAGCAGAGGCCUCUCAGAAAGAAAAUAAGAGUUUCCAGACAGAGGAGUAUUUUCUGCAGUCUGCAGCAGAAUCUGAAGCAAAUGAGCAGAACACAGAGCCAGAAACACAGCUAAGUGCUGAAUCUCAAAAAGGCAAAGAAUCAUUAGAUGUCCGUGCAAGCACAUCUGAAGAGCCUACUGUAACACCCGUUUCCAUUCGGACACGAAGCAGUCAUUUAAAACGUCCCAGGAUAGGAAAAAAUAGCCAGGAAUCUGAACCUGAAAUUUCCAAAGGAGAGGAGGAAAAUGCUCUUCGUGUGUCAGAAAGCAGGCUGGAACCACUUGCCCAUGUGUCUGAAAGCUCAGAAGACUCGGUAGAAGAACCUGAGGAGAACGCUGUCGAGAACGAUGAGGAAAUGAUUGUUGAAAAUGAGGACCAGUCUGUAUCGGAAACAGAGUUGCAUACAUCACCACCUGAGAAAAGGAGUGAAAAGGAGGAAACUCCACCUGAACCUCUUAACGGUGAGGUAACAGAAGAAACUGGUAAAACCUCACUUGUGGCUGAAGAGGAAACAGCAAAUGAAGUUUUAGGUGGCGAAUCAAAAUUGCAGUCUGAGAGUCGAGGAGAAGAACCCUUAACACUGUUUGUUCCAUUAAUCCUUGAACCUCCAGCAAGACCUUCAGAAGACACUGUAUCAGAUAAGGUUUUAAAUGCAAAUGAUUCAGAGGUGCUGACUGAAGAAAGCCCAUCUGUAGAGAAAGAGGGCACUGCAGAAGAGCAGCAAGAAGCUGAAAGGAAGAAAUUGUCCAAGGAAGAAAGCGCAGCUGCUUUGGAUCCUUUGGCUCCAAAGGAUGAGCCCUCAGACAAUGGCCUGCCAAACUCUGUGGUGACUGAAGCAGCAGAAGAAUCUGUUUUGGAAAACGUGUCGCCGAAAACAACUUCCUCAGUGGAAGAACAAAAUGAGGAAGCAGGGCACAACUCACAGGAGGCCUCUGUUGCCGUGGGUCAGAGUUCUUUGAUAGUGGUUGAAGUUGAGGGUGUUUCUUUUCAGCAGCCUUCUGGACAGGAAGGCCAGAAGAACCAGUCAGAAGAGCAGUCAGAAGAGUCUGCUGAGCAGAUGGAUCAGUACACACAGACAGCAGCAGAGCGGGCUGCUGACAGCAGCUCUGAGGAAGCAGAAAUUGAGGUACCCAUUGUAGAUCGGAGAAACUUGCGACGAAAGGCCAAAGGUUACAAAGGUCCACCCAAGAAAAAAGGAAAGCCAGCUUAAAAAUGAAAUAUUAAUUCAUCUAUUUGUAAGAAAGUUAUUAUUUUGUUUAAAACACUAGGGUAUAACUAAAUCAUAUGGGACACAGGACACACGUUUAAAAUAUUAGGUUGGACUUCUGUUUGGGAUUCAUCACCUUUCCUCAAGUUUUCUUGAAUUUUUAACCACUAUACAUUGAGCUUCAUCAGAGUAUGAAAGUAAAUGGCCAGUCUCCUCCUUUUAUAAAGGAUACAUGCUGAAUAAAUGCAGAAGUUGAGCUAGCAAAGGAACAGUUUGCAUAUUUAAGGUGGCAGUCUUGGAAGAAAAACGGUGAAGUGAGAAAUCCUGGCUCUGUUAAGGUCACUUAAAUUCCCAUAGACACCACUCUAGAAUUUUGGUAAUCUUGUGUUCUGUACUGUGGAGAGAAGCAGAACAAGGAACAGCCUUCCUCUCUUCUUGUUUCCUUUCCAUAGACUUUCUCAGAUGAGAUUAAAAGAAUGUAAGAUUAAGUAAUUCUAGGUCUCAACAUGUACAAGGAGGGGUAUAACUCAGUAGAUCAAAGCAACAUAAGCAACAUCUGUCUUUCGCUAAAAUCAGACUGGAGACUUUCCACUUCUGAUUCCCAACUAUUUGCUAAUCACUUGAAACAGCUGAGUCAGCAAAGACACUGUCAGUGCAGUAUCUACCAUAGCACACUCUGAUAAUCACGUUCUUUAAGUGAAGAUUUAGAGAUGCCUACCCAGUAAACUGUACUUGUAACUUCCAAAGUGAGUGUCUUGCUAAGCCUAAGUUUUCCAGAGUGUAUGGAGUGCAGAUUCCAGUACACUUACGAGUUGUUUGAGCUGCCUUCCUAACUGUUUGCAUGUGUUGAGUGGAUACUUGAUGACUGACUGGUUAUGUUACAGGAAAAGGAUAUCGCAGCUUUUGAUCUAGCGUUGGUCUGAGUGGAAGUGGUGCUUUGUGUUUUCCAAAUACUCAGCUGGUGCUUUGGGGUAAUUAUUAAAACGUUGAAUUUGCCAGGCGUGUGACUCCUGUGAGCUCUGGCAUUCCAGCUGGAUGUGACGUUCAUUAGUGUGAAUAUUAGUGGGGGUUUCAGCAAAUGCUUGUUUGCCAAACUCCUAUCCCUUUAGGAGUUAGCAGGAGAUUGCUGCAAAUACUUCUGAUUCCUGCUUUCUUUUUCUAACUUGGAUGUAAUUCCUGGGCUAAUAGCUUCCCAGUUUAUAGCUUUCUUAAAAGCAGCAACCAAACUUUGCAAUAUGCAAACAGGUAAAAAUGGGCUAUUCAUGCAUGUUUCCCUUCAGAGGUACUCUUGGCAAACCGUGUAUUUAACUUGAAUUGCCAUAUACACUGUAAGCUAUUUCCUAAUUUGCUCUAUGUUUCAAUAAAUGAAGCUCCCCUCAUAAUGGGUUAAAAACUCAGGAAUAAGAGAGAACACAACUAUUUGUCCUGCUAUAUCUUUUCUAAGAUUAGUAAAGUAGUCUCUUACAGUGGCUCAAAACCAGAGGUAUCUGGAAAUUGCUCUUUUGGAUUUCUAAGUACAAGGUUCACUUGAAUAAUUGCAAUGCUGUCUUAAUUUUUAUCUCCCUAUGGAGCAAAUGUAAGAAUCUGUUUUUUGAUUUUUAUGCUUAUACAGUUUAACUGUAUUUAUAAGAUAUUUUAACUGUAUAAGAUAUAUUCUUAAUCAGCUGAAACGAACAGAACCAUGUUCCUUUUUAAUUUGUUCAGAGACACGUUAAAAAAAAAAAAGUUGGUUUUUAGAAAUAUGUAUUGCCUAAGUUUUGGAUUUAGGGGACACGGGGAUCAUUGAGUUAAAUCUAGGUUUCUUGAGGUGUUGCACUUAGCUGUAACUUCCUAUCAACAUACAGGUACUGCUUAUGAACCCUUGAUGGCUGAUAAAUGUUCAAGAUCUUUCAUGAUUGUUUAUAAACCUAUUCAAGUGAACCUUAAGCAUUUCUAAAACUAAUUAAACAUUUUCUAUGAAGCACCUGAGACAAUUUGUCAUCUGUAAUAUGGCUUCUCUUUCAGUUCUAAGAUUUAUUGUAAAAAGAUAAGAACAUGAUGGCUAGAAAACAUAUUGUGUUGCUAGGAAUUGGGCUCUUUGAGGAUUGAUGGUAGUUAAAAUGGGGUGUUGUAUAAACUAUAUUGUAGCCAACCAUCUUUCAUUUGUUAGAGUAGGCUUUCCUAAACAUUAAUCUGUUGAAUACUUGAGUUGAUACAAAUGUAUCUACUUUUAAUAAUUCAAGGAUUAUUUUGUUUAUGAAAAGUGAGUCCCAAUUAUUUCAAUUACUUCUAACUGGAUUUUUGAUGCAUAUGUUUACAUCGCUUGUAUUCCCUAUAAGGUUGGAAAACAGUGUUAAUGGGGGAAAAGUCAGUUCACUUAUUUGGCUCCUUUUCACAGCUAAGUCAGAAUUGCUUUCAGUUAAUAUCUUAUUUUUAAGACGUGCAUAUUGAACGCCUAAAUAUUGCAACAGUUCUAUUAGAUUAGGUCAGUCUUGGAUUCUACUGAGAUAGGUCAGAAAUCUAACCGAAUUUCAGUGAGCUAGAGGUUGGUUUAAACACGUGAAUUCAAGUUCAGUAUUUAAGUGUACUCUUGAGGAACUAUUUCUGUAAGUCGAGGGUACCUGAGAUAGUAGCUGAUGGCCUGAUUGUUAAGAACAGAAUGGGGGUAGUGGAGGUGUGAUUAGGAAUUGCGACACCCAAUAUGGUCUUGAAAACUAGAGUUCUAGCUGUGAGUGCAGCAGUACUUGGAACUAAAGGGCACAGUUUAUUUCCUGUAGUAAUUUCUUUGGCAUCAGUCAUCUUGCAGUAAAAACUAAAUGACAAAAUCAAAGCACUGUCAUUAAAUAAUAGUUUUAUUGCAGUACUGAUUGUCCCAUUGGAACCAUAGUUUAAUAGUCUAUACCUUCUGUUAUAUUAAUAUAAGAGGACGUGUCUGACAACUGUGUUGACUCAAGUGUUUUACCUUGGGAAAACCAGCGUUUUUUAGGCCUGGACAAAUUUUUUCCUCGGUUAACUGUCUGGCUUAUUACAGUUGAAUUGUUAAAGAAUUUUUAAGAUCUUGCCACACCAGCAAUCAACAAUUAAAACAUCGACUUUCUACAAGUUUGUACCAAAUCUUAUUACAACAUGCUUUGGAACUACAUGUGUACAAUGAAAGCAAGCAGUAUUAUUUUUAAGCUUUAUUUAGUCUAGGAAUAGAGCUUAAAGAACAUCAUUUUGUGACUUCAGCCUUGCUUUUCAAUAGUAAAUGGUUUUGUAUUUGAAUUCAGCAUUUGUUCAAAUGUCUUUCUUGUACUGCUUGUUAAGUUUCAACAGGAGUUGCUUUGCUUUUCCCACUUUUUUUGUUUUUGGUCUUUUUCUCAUUUCAUGCAGAAUUCUUGUUUGUUGUUCUCAUGUUUCAUAGCCCUUUACAUGAAAAUGUAUACAUGUCUUACUUCAAAAGUGCUUUUAACUUAUUUUAAAUGAUGUCUGACCUUAGGUUGUUGCUUUUUAUACCAUUCUGUAGAUGUCAGUAAUCAAAUUGGUCAUUUUCAAUGACAUCAACAUUACUAAGUUAAACAUAGCAAUAAAUAGGCCUAAGUUUCA